UUGGGCAAUGCUCAAUUUGGACUUUCAUUGAUGAGCAGGCAUCGACGGAAAUACACUGGAGUAAUUUCUACCGCAAAAGCAAUCAAAAACGAAAGCAGCAACAUCAACAACAUUUAUACAUUUGGAACGGUGGCAGCAAGGAGGACGGUGGCAGGAGGGGAAGAAGCAGCAGCAGCAGAAAGUGCAGUCGUGUGACAAUUUGUAUUGAAAGUGCAUAAAAUGUGCGACACAAACUAUUAGUGGGGCCCAACAAAAGUGAGCAUAACGGCACAAGCAAAGUGCCAAAACAAGAGACAGAGACAAAAGCAGCUAAACAGAAAGCAAACAACAUGUCAAGGACUUGAGUGUGAAGCAGAGAACGGGGUGAGAAGAGCUGAACUCAGAGCGCGUCACGAUUUGUUUGGAAAGAUGCGUACCUACUACAGUGCAAAGGAUAUGAGAAAAUACGGCGAUUUGAGCUAUGAAAGCAAAUACCUGCUGGAUCCAAAAUUUAUGACAAAGAGGGAUCUGCAGCAUUACUAUCGCUACUACAACAUGAACAAGAAUCGCGGACAAUUCAAGAAGAUUGUGAUUGUCAUCUUCUGUCUGUGCGUCUUCUCGUAUCUGUGCGUCGACUACAAUCUGAGGACAAAGUUGCUGCGCUUUCGCGAUGGCUUUGACUUUGUGGCCCGGAUUGAGGACUCGUAUGGUGGCAAGCUGAGUCGUGCGUACUUUGUGGAGACCACGGGCUGCCGCAUGCCACACUUCGAGGUUGUUGAUGACAAUAUAGCGCAGUUUAUUUUCAAGCCGAGUGCCUACAAGUGCAACAAACCGCUGACGCGUACGAGUGACAGUGUGCCGGGGGAGCUGCAUCUGAAUUUGAGCCCCAGCGAGCUGCUGUUUCGCUACAACAUCAGCGAUCUGUCUGCCAUAAGCUGCAACUAUACGGAAGUGAAGCGCAAGAAUGACUGGAACAACACCUAUUCGCCGGGUGUCAGCUUCAAGCUAGAGCAGGUGAUGCAUCUGCCGCCGGAAAUGGAAUUUGUUUGUCUCUGGUGCUAUGACUCGUCCGACCGUUGCAUCUACAAGGACUGCCACUUCUUUGCGGUGGACAAGCCACCACAGAAGAUCACAUCCAGACUGGGUGUGGAGAGGGUUAGCUUCAAUCAGAGCAAGGAGUCCGCCCAGGAGCGUUUGUCUGUGAUGAUCCUGGGCAUUGACAGUCUCUCGCACUUGAACUUCCUGCGGCAAAUGCGCAAGACGGCCGCUUACAUCAAGAAGAAUCUCUCCCACGUCGAACUGUGGGGCUACAACAAGGUGGGGGACAACACCUUCCCCAACAUAGUGCCCAUGCUGAGUGGUCUGGACGAUCAGGAACUGAACAUUGCCUGUGCACCCAAAUCCAAGCAGACAUACGACGGUUGCUCCUUCAUUUGGAAGCGUUACCAGCAGGCUGGCUACAAGACUUUAUUCGCCGAGGAUGUGGGACGCAUAUCGGCAUUCAACUUCAAUCAGAACGGCUUCCACAAGCAACCCACUGACUACUAUUUGCGGCCCAUCAUAUUGGAAAUGGAGCGUACCCUGUCCUACAAGAAGGAUGUCAAUGUGAAGCUCUGCAUGGGCGGCAGACGUACGCCGGAUGUUCUCCUGGAGUAUCUAACGAAAAUGGUGCCAAAAAUGGGCAAGGAUCUGUUCUUCUCGUUCCUGUGGACUGUGACCCUAACGCACGAUUACUUCAACUUUCCGGCACUCCUGGAUGAGGCCAUGGUGACGCAGCUCCGGCAGCUGCAGGACUCCGGGGUGCUCAAUCGCACUGUGGUGAUGCUGUUGUCGGAUCAUGGCCUGCGCUGGGGCUCCUUUCGACGCACCUACCAGGGCAUGAUGGAGGAACGACAGCCACUGAUGACCAUGCUCUAUCCGCCCUGGAUGAACGAACGAUACCCCGAGGCCAUUGCCAAUUUGCGCACGAAUUCGCGACGCUUGGCCACGCCCUUCGAUGUGCAUGCCACGAUGCUGCAUCUGCUGGACAUGGGCAACCUGGAGGCGGAACAGGUGCAGAAGAAGGCGGAAGAGUUCGAAGAUGCCGACAGCGUCCUGCCGCGUGGCAUCAGCCUGUUUCUGCCCAUACCGGAGGUGAGGACCUGCGAGCAGGCUGGCAUCGCCUCCCAUUGGUGCACGUGCCACCAGCGCCAGGAAAUUCAGACGAACGAUGGCCGGGUGCAGCGUGCCGCUCGCUAUGUGGUGCGUCUCAUCAACAAUCGACUGAAGGACAACUCGCAGUGCCGCACCCUCUAUCUGAACUCCAUACUGCAGGCGUUCAUUGCGGCGCCGCAUCACAAGAUCGUGAAGAAUAUAUCCACGGACUAUGCCGUGGAUAUUACGCUGCGAAUGCAGACAAAGCCCGGCCUGGCCGUCUUCGAGUCGACGGUGAGAAUGUCGGGCUAUACGAGUGUCCUCACCGGCACCAUAAGUCGCAUCAAUCUGUAUGGCAGUCAGAGCUACUGCAUGAAUGAUCCGGCACUCAAAAUGUUUUGUUAUUGCCAUAGAUAAGGUGGCGGAGGAGAUUGGGGUUUGGGGAGGGGCAAUUUGUCAAAGACUUGAGUACCCAAUACGUAGCCUUAGCCAUACCAUAACUAAGUUUAUUUCUAUGAAAUAGAUAUUGCCCUACACUUUGUA